AUGGAUAUUGUGUGGAAAAUAUUUGAUCCAGCAAUUGAUUUUGUGCGGGAUCAUGGUAUUAAUCAGGUGACCUACAUUUUUUGUUACACAAAAAAUUUUGAGGAACUAAAGAAGAAAGUUAAGCGUCUAGGAGAAGUAAAAGAGAGGUUAGAUCGUCAACACGAUGAAGCUAAAAGAAAGGGUCACAUAGUUGAAGCUACGGUUGAAGAAUGGUUUGGGGAAGUGGGCGAAUUUGAGAGUAGUGUUGAAAACUACAGCAAAAAUGCAGGUCACAAGAAGACAAGGGGUCUCUAUUAUUUGUUUCCUUACUAUAGGCACAAACUGGGCAGACAAGCAAAGAAGAUGGAAAUAGAGGCUUUGAGGCUAACAGAUGAGUCCCCCAAGAUUGACGAAGUUUCUCAUGCAGAGAAAGUAACAUCUUUUGACCUCACUUCAUCUAAUUCUGGCUACAUUGAAUUUAAUAGUAGAAAAUCCAUUAUGGAAGACAUAAUGAAAAAACUUAAAGAUCCCAAUAUGAAAAUUAUUGGACUCCAUGGAUCACAAGGGAUGGGUAAGAGCACUUUAAUAAAAAAAAUUGCUAAUAAAGCUAAAUAUGAGGGGUUGUUUGAUAGAGUGGCUGAAAUAGAUGUAACUAUCAAUCCCAAUCCCCUUAAAAUUCAGGAAGACAUUGCAUAUGUGCUAGGAUUGCCACUAGCGGGGGAAAGUGAAAAUGUCAGAGCUGAUUAUCUAAGGAGAUGGUUAAGGAUAGAAAAUGUGAGCAUCCUUAUAAUCUUGGAUAACCUUCAUGAAAGAUUAGACUUGAAUAGGUUAGGAAUUCCGAUUGAUGAUGAUUAUGACUUAAGAAAGAAGAAUGAGUUGAGCAUAAGGUCAAGCAAACAAGGUUCUAACCCAAAUCUUAACCGAACACAGGAUACAGUCGGCGGCACAAGGGGUACUGACAAAAAAGUUCUAAAAAAAACAAAUUUUCUUGCUGAUUAUAAGGGAUGCAAAGUUUUGAUUUCUUCAUGUUAUAAGAAAGUAUUUCCUAAUGAGAUUGAUGUUGAGUCAAAUUUUUGUUUAAAGGAAUUAGAUGGCAAUGAUGCCUUGAAGUUAUUUGAGAAGGUGACUGGAGGAGGUGAUAAAAUGUCUAUGCCUAAAGAAGAAAUCCAAAACUAUUGUACAGGGUUGCCCAUGAGAAUAGUUACUUUUGCAGUGGCAUUUAAAAACUGGAGUGAGUCAGAAAGCGAACCUACACUGGAAAAAUUUAAAAAGCAAGGUUUAGUUGAAUGGAAGGAGUCUUCGGAGAUUCCUAAUAAAAUAAAAUAUGACCUUCCAAAAAAUAAGGAACUCAAGUUCAUUUUCUUGCUUUGUGCUCAAAUGGGCCACCUACCCCUGGUUAACGACUUGGUGAAAUAUUGCUUUGGAUUAGGUAUACUUGAAGGGGUCUCUUCCCUUAGUGCAGCUCGUGAAAAAAUAAAUGAAGUGAUCCAAGAGUUGAAAAACUUGAGUUUGGUAUCCUACGAAAAUCCUAAUAUUCAUUUCAGUAUGCCUUAUAUGGUUCGAGAUUAUGCUCUAAGUAAUGCCCUCAUUGAUAACAAUGUUUUUGUUUUCAGAGAUGGAAAACUAGAUUACUGGCCCAAUCUUGAAAAAUGCAUUUCAAUUUCUAUAUGCAAUAGUGACAUUAUAGAUGGGUUUCCUCAAGUCAUAAAUUGUCCUCAACUUAACUUUUUGCAAAUAGAAACUAAGGAUCCAUCUUUGGAAAUACCUGAGAGGUUUUUUAGCAGCAUGAAAAACUUGUUAGUUUUAAUAUUGAGGGGUUUUCACCUAUCAUGCUUACCAUAUUCAAUUGAAGACCUAUUGAACCUCAGAAUGCUUUGUUUGGAGCGGUGCACUUUGGAUUGCAAUUUAUCGGUACUGAGAAAGUUUAAAAAAUUAAGAAUUCUCAGUUUUUCUGGAUCUCAACUUAAAAAUUUGCCAGUUGAGUUACGAUUCUUGAAUAAGUUGCGAUUGCUAGACAUUAGCGAUUGUUUUGAACUGAAGACUAUUCCACCGAAUCUUAUAUCUAAUUUGGCAUGUUUGGAAGAGCUAUAUAUAAGAAAAAGCUUGAUAACAGAGGAAAGCAAAGGUCAAAAUGCAUUUCUUUCUGAGCUAAUGAAUUUGCAUCAGUUGAAAGUGGUGGACUUAAGCAUCCCGUGUGUUUCAAUUAUGCCCAAUCCCUUAUUCUUUGACAUGUUAAAAGAUUACAAGAUUGAAAUUGGAGAUUUUGAAAUGAUUUCUGUUGGAGAAUAUAUGAUGACCAAUAAGUAUGAAGAACUCAAAGUAUUGGCAUUACAGUCGAACGACGACAUUGAUAUUCACUCCCACAAAGGCAUAAAAUUAUUGUUAAAAACAGCAAAAAGUUUGCUCUUGGGAAAUGUACGUGUUCAAAAUGUUGUUAACGAGUUGAAUAUAGAUGGGUUUCAGGAUUUGAAACACUUAUCCAUCAUAAAUAACAAUGACGUCAAAUAUCUCAACUCAACAAAUUUGUCUAAUUGUGUGAACAUUUUUCCAAAUUUGGAAUCUCUAUGGCUCUACAAUAUGAUGAACUUAAAGAUGAUAUGUGACGGCCCAAUUACACUUGAAUCAUUUGCCAAAUUAAAAACCAUCAAGGUUGAGAUGUGUUACCAAUUGGAAAAUCUCUUCUCCUAUGCAAUUGAAAUCUCUACUAGCACAAGAUCAAGUGAGAUUAUUGAAUGUAAUUCUUACAUGAAGAAAGUUUUGGCUAGUUUAGAAAUGAUUGAGGUUUGUGAAUGUGUAUCUUUGAAGGAGAUCCUUCAAAUACCGAUGGAUUGUAAGAAGGUUAAGUUUCUCAGAUUACACACUUUGACACUCCAAUCAUUGCCAUCAAUUACUUGUUUUAAUGCCAAAGUCAAGACAUCUUGCCGGCAACAUUCGACAGAGGCUCAAACUACAAAUAGAGAUCACACAGAAAUUUCUGCUGAAGAAGAUGACCAUAGUGACAAUGCGCCUCCUCUUUUUGGUGAACUAGUUGAAGUUCCAAACUUAGAGAAUUUGAAUUUAUCCUCACUCAACAUCUGUAAGAUAUGGAGCGACCAACACUUGUCAAGUUUCUACUUUCAAAACUUGAUAAGGUUAGUUGUGAAAGAUUGUGAUAAAUUGACACAUCUAUGUUCAUUAUCUAUGGCUAGCAGUUUGAAGAGGUUGAAAAGCCUCGUCUUAAGUGGAUGUCGUAUUAUGGAAAAUAUUUUUGAGAUUGAAGGAAUUAGUGCAAACAAGGUUUGUGUCUUUCCUAAGCUGGAGGAAAUCCACCUUAGCAACAUGAAGAGGUUAACAAAUAUUUGGCAAACUAAAGUUAGUGUUGAUUCCUUUUGUAGUCUCAUUUCCGUAAGUAUCGAAAAAUGUAAUCAAUUGGACAAGAUUUUUCCAAGUCAUAUGGAAGGAUGGUUUGAAAGUUUGAUUAACUUAAAAGUUUCUAACUGCAAGUCCGUGAAAGAGAUUUUUGAAGUUACUUAUUAUGAAGAAAUAGAUGAAUAUGGUGGGAUAGACACAAAUUUGCAGGUUAUUCUUCUUGAAGACCUCCCGAAGUUGAAGGAAUUGUGGAGCAAAGAUCCACAUGGAAUUCUAAAUUUUAAAAAACUUCGAACUAUAGAUAUAAGUAAUUGUGAAGAACUGAGGAAUUUGUUUCCAGCUUCUAUGGCAAAAGAUGUAUCAAAGCUUGAACGUAUGUCAAUAUUGCAUUGUGAGAGGAUGGUGGAAAUUGUUUCAAGUAAAGAUGCAUCAGAAGCUAACAAUGAUCCAUUAGAGUUUCCUGAACUAAGCUAUGUGAGAUUAUAUGAGCUUGAAAACAUGAAGCAAUUCUACAAGGGGAGACAUCCAAUUAAGUGUCCAAAGUUGAAGGAAUUAAGCAUAGGCAAGUGUACGAAGCUUAAAACAUUUUCACAAGAAACAAGUGAUGAAAAGUUUGUUUUCUCCGCUGAAGUGGUAUUUCCCAAGUUGGAGUAUUUGGAAAUUGACUUCGAGGAAGCCCAGAAUUUGUUAUCCAAGUACCAAAUGCAGAAUUUAAAAGAGCUUAUUAUCUUGAGUGCAGUCAAUUCCCCAGAUCUUUUCUACCCGUUUCUGUACAAAAUGCCAAAUCUAGAAAAGUUAAAAUUGACUUUCAAUCCUUUUUAUAAAUCGAUAGAGUCACUGCGAAGUACAAACAUUGGGCAGCAUGACAGAUUGGGAGUCGUAUUAAAGUUGAAGCAAUUGUUUAUUCGUUCCUCUAAUAUAAAAGAUCUGGGAUUUGACCGAGACCAAGUUCUACAGAGACUGGAGCUUUUGAGCUUAAAAUAUUGCUACGGAUUGAACACUUUAGCUCCUUCCUCUGUAUCGUUGAGUUACUUGACAUGUUUGAAAGUAAAGAAUUGUAUGGGAUUAAGGAAUUUAAUGGCAUCCUCCACGGCCAAAAGCAUGGUUCAACUUAAGACUAUGAAAGUAAUCAACUGUUAUGAUAUAGAGGAAAUAGUAAGCAAUGAAGAGACUGAAGAAGGGAAAGUGAUGAAAAUUGUAUUCAGCAAAUUGAUUUCUAUAGAACUCGUGGGGCUAAAGAACAUGGCAAGCUUUUGCAGUUACAAGGAGUGUGAAUUUGAAUUUCCAUCACUGGAAAUAUUGAUUAUAAGAGGAUGCCCAAAGAUGGAGAAAUUCAGUGAAAAAAGAGCAAUAGCAGCAAAGUUGAAAGAUGUAUUUGAUGUGGAAGGAGAUCAAAAAGCCAAAUGGCAGUGGAGAGGUGACUUGAAUGCCACCAUACAAAAGGUUUUCAAUGAUAAGCAAGUAUGGGAUGACACUCAUUGGAGGCAGCAAAACAAGUUUGGGUAUUUGAAAAGGUUGAGUGUAUGGGGAUGUCAUACUCUAAAGCAUAUAAUUCCAUCUCAUUUGCUUUCUUGCUUUCACAAUUUGGAAGAGUUAAAAGUAUGGAAGUGCAAAAACGCAGAGGUGAUAUUUAAAAUGAAUGAUGAGAACAGGGUGAUGACAAAACCUUCCGGAAUAUUCCGUCUGAAAACAUUGUCUUUAAGUUUCCUAGCAAAACUGAAGCAUGUAUGGGAGAAGGAUCCGGAGGGAAUUAUUGGCCUUCAACUGCUAAAGGAAAUGCAUGUUCAAUAUUGUAAGAGUGUUAAAAGUUUGUUUCCAGCAUCGGUAGCCAAAGAUCUUACGAGACUUGAAGUGCUUGAGGUAACUGAGUGUGAAGAAUUGGCAGAAAUAUUUAAGAAGGAUGAAAAGGAUGAGGAAAGAACCACACAAGAAUUUGUGUUUCGUGAUCUCACCUCAUUGACACUAGAAGAAUUGCCAGCCCUCAAAUACUCUAUACACUGCUCCAAACAACAGGUAAUUCUCAAAACUUUGCCUUUACGUGGCCAUUCAAAAGUUAUUUAA